CAUGGCGGGUCGGGGCGGGCAGGACCCGCACAGGCUGCGGCCGAGGCCGGCGGCGCGCAGCGCGCCCCGGAGGGACCUCACCGGAGCCCACAUCGAGUCCUUCAACUACGCCGUCAGCGAGGGCGUGUACCGGGCCGUGCAGGAUCUGGCGCCGCUGGAGUUCGCGCUGAAGGACAGCCGGGUGUCGCUGACCGUGGCCGGGGUGUCCAUCGCCCCCCCCGCCGUGCCCGCGGGGACCGUGUGCCAGGAGAGGAGGGUGUUCCCCGCCGAGUGCCGCGGCCUGCGCAGCACCUACCGCGGCAGGAUCGCUGCUGACAUCAGCUGGUCAGUGAAUGACAUGCCACAAGGGACAAUCAAGCAUCCCCUGGGGUACAUUCCAAUCAUGGUCAAGUCCAAGCUAUGCAGCCUCUAUGAUAUGUCUCCACAAGAGCUCAUGCAGCAUCAUGAGGAGGAAGAGGAAAUGGGAGGCUACUUUAUAAUUAAUGGCUUAGAAAAGGUUAUUAGGAUGUUGAUUAUGCCCAGGCGAAACUUCCCUCUUGCAAUGACAAGACACAAAUGGAAAAACAGAGGCCCUGGUUUCACAGAGUAUGGAGUGGUGAUGCACUGUGUUAAGGAUGAGCACACUGCAAUAAAUAUGAACCUUCACUACUUGGAAAAUGGUUGUGUCAUGGUAAAUUUCAUUUUUCAGAAAGAGUUGUUCUUCCUUCCCUUGGGAUUUGCUCUGAAGGCAUUAGUUAAUUUCCCAGACUACCAGAUUUUUGAAGAGUUGGUCAAGGGAAAGGAAGAUGACACCUUUUAUGUGAACUGCGUUACUGAGAUGAUGAGAGCAGUGGUAGAUGCAGGCUGUUACACACAGCAAAAUGUCCUCGAAUACCUGGGAAAGAGCUUCAGAAUAAAACUCAACCUCCCUGAGUGGUACAGCAAUGAACAGGCUGCAGAUUUCAUUUUGAACAAGUGUAUCUGCAUCCACCUGACAAACAGAACAGAAAAGUUCUACCUGCUCUGCAUGAUGACCCAGAAGCUGUAUGCCUUUGCCAAAGGGGAGUGCAUGGAGGAUAAUCCAGACAGUCUGAUGAACCAAGAAGUGCUUACCCCAGGACAGCUUUUCCUUAUGUUCUUGAAGGAGAGGCUUGAAAGCUGGUUGCAAUCUGUUAAGUUCGUUUUGGAGAAAAGAGCAGAAAAGGCUGAUGUCAGCAUAAACGCAGACAGCUUGGUGAAGGCUUUCAGCCUGGCCACAGACUUUACCAAGCCAUUUGAGUACCUUCUUGCAACUGGUAACCUGCGAUCUAAAACAGGCCUGGGCAUGUUACAGGACAGCGGUCUGUGUGUGGUGGGAGACAAGCUGAAUUUCGUCCGGUACCUCUCCCACUUCCGCUGCGUACACAGAGGAGCUGCCUUUUCCCAGAUGAGAACUACAACUGUCCGCAAGCUGCUGCCUGAGUCCUGGGGCUUCCUGUGCCCUGUGGACACUCCAGAUGGGGAACCCUGUGGGCUCAUGAACCACAUGACAGCUCUGUGCGAAAUAGUGACCGAGAUGGUGCCUGUGAGGGACAUCCCACCUUUGUUAUGUUCCUUGGGUGUCACCCCCCUGGAUGCGACUCCAAGCAAGCCUUAUGCCAAGUGCUGCAGAGUUGUGUUGGAUGGCUCUGUGGUGGGCUGGGUAGAGUGGGACCUGGCUCCUGAGAUCGCAGAAACCCUCCACCGGUUCAAGAUGACCCAAGAGAAGAGAUUUCCUGCGCGGGCGGAAGUGGUCCUUAUCCCAGUGACAGGAAAACCCAGUCUGUAUCCUGGGUUGUUCAUUUUUACUACCCCUUGCCGGAUGGUGCGGCCUGUCAGGAACCUAUGCUAUGGAAGGAAUGAAUGGAUUGGUACUCUGGAACAGAUCUUCAUGAAUGUGGCCACAAUAGAGUCAGAGGUGAUACCUGGAAUAACCACUCACCUGGAGCUCUUCCCUCACAGCAUUCUGAGUGUGGUGGCCAACCUCAUUCCCUUCUCUGACCACAACCAAAGUCCUCGAAACAUGUACCAGUGCCAGAUGGGAAAGCAAACCAUGGGGUUUCCAGUUUAUAACUACAGGGAUCGCUCAGAUAACAAGCUGUACCACCUUCACACUCCUCAGAGCCCCCUGGUGCGACCCAGCAUGUAUGACUAUUAUGGGAUGGACAGCUAUCCAGUUGGCACCAAUUCGAUUGUGGCUGUCAUCUCCUACAGUGGCUAUGACAUGGAAGAUGCAAUGAUCGUGAACAAAUCUUCCUGGCAGAGAGGGUUUGCCUAUGGAAGCGUUAUCAAGAUGGAGAGCAUUGACCUUUCCCUUAAAGCCAGCAGAGCAGGCGAUAAUUUAGUCUUUGGCAUCAAGCCUGGUGACCCAAACAUUACAGAGAAGUUGGAUGCUGAUGGAUUGCCUUUUGUUGGCUCCAUCCUACAGCCUGGGGACCCCUUCUACAGCUUCAUGAACCUCAACACAGGGGAGACCUCUACUGUGUACUAUUCGAGUAAGGAAGUCGGCAUUGUGGACAACAUCAGGUUAUGCAGCAAUGACCGUGGCACUGGGAAGUUCAAGAAGGCCUGUAUCACCGUGAGGGUUCCCCGCAAUCCAACCAUUGGAGACAAGUUUGCCAGCCGUCACGGACAGAAAGGUAUCCUGAGCCAGCUCUGGCCAGUGGAGGACAUGCCCUUCACAGAGAACGGGAUGGUUCCAGACAUCCUCUUCAACCCUCAUGGCUUUCCCUCCCGCAUGACUAUUGGAAUGUUAAUCGAGAGCAUGGCAGGGAAGUCGGCAGCGCUGCACGGCAUCUCCUAUGAUGCCACUCCCUUCACCUUCACGGAGAAGAACUCUGCCUUGAAGUACUUUGGUGAGACUUUAGUGAGUGCUGGUUAUAACUUCUUUGGGACUGAAAAGAUGUACAGUGGCAUCAGCGGCCUGGAGCUGGAGGCAGAGAUCUUUGUGGGAGUGGUGUACUACCAGCGCCUGCGCCACAUGGUCUCAGACAAGUUCCAGGUGAGGACAACAGGGCCCCGAGACGCUGUCACCAACCAGCCUGUCAAGGGGAGGAAUGUGGAAGGUGGGAUUCGCUUCGGUGAGAUGGAACGAGAUGCUUUGCUGGCUCACGGCACCUCUUUCUUGCUGCAAGACCGGCUGUUCAACUGCUCCGAUGGCUCCAUCGCCUAUGUUUGCAGGAGCUGCGGCAGCAUGACAUCUCCUGUGCUGGAGAAACAGCCCCACUCCUCCUCCAUGCCAAGCAGCAGGAGGUACUCCUGCUCUGUCUGCAGCAGGGUGGACUCCAUCGAGGUGGUCCCUGUGCCCCAUGUCUUCCGGUACUUCAUGGCAGAGCUGGCAGCCAUGAACAUAAAAACAAAGCUCAACGUGGAGUAGUGCUAUCCCCAGGCACGGCGAUGCUGCUGCUGGCAGGGAGGAAGCACAGGUCAGUCCUGCCUCUGCCCCAGUGCGGGUUUCAAGUGUUAAGUCAGUUCUCAGGUUCUUCAACGUUUGCAAGAUUAAUUUGGUGUUGGGAUUGCGACGGGGCAGUCGCUGAGCUGUGUGGUGAGGAAACGCAGCUCUGAUUAAGUUUAUUUGCACUUCCUAAAGGAUCACGGGCACCAGGCAGAAGGAAAUCAAGCAAUAUCACUGCUCCCACCAGGCUGCUGCGUUGAGAGCGAUGCGGGUUCUUCGUUCUCCGAGCGCUGGCUGCAGCUGCAAAGAUGAAGAAGUCAUAAAACAGCAUGAAGUGAAUGCUGGAAAUUAUGGAAAAAAGAUAUACUUUUUUUUUUUUUUUGGAAGAAAAAUCCCUGCAAAACGUAUCCCUGAAUGAUGGGUACAUGUUAAAGUGAUUAGACAUGUUUUACUUUGCUUUAUUUCAUCACCAUGUGCCUUGAAACUCACGAAGAAGAAGGCAGCGACUUCAACCGCAUGAAGCUGCAUCCUUGACGCCAAGAGACCAGCGUGGCCAAGCCAGGCCUGACCCAAGGAGCAUUUGGUGUCGCUGAGCCCAGUGCCUGGCUUGGUGCAGCACCGCAAGCGGCUUUUCGGUGCGGUGGCUGAAGCAGCAGCAAGCAGAGGGUUUUCCAGCCUGGCUGCAGCGCUGUAAGGCACGGACACGGUGGGACAGGCGCUCGCUGCGUCCCCUGCUGCAGCUGCUCUGCCGGUGGCCGCCGGCCCCGGAGCUGUGUGCCCGUUAAAGAGUUCUUUUGUACGUUUCUAA